CGGCGAGCGAUGAAGAGGUUCAUGUGACGGAAGGCGGAUCAGGCCGUCGAUUUCCACAAAUCAGGUUCCGCAAGUUCUUGCUCUCUGCGCUGGGCACGAUUCCGCACGAAGCGCCGAUCUGCCGAUUGCGCAGGCACUGACAAUUUCUCUGACUCGAUCGUUAUUGGCAUUGAUUGAAUUGCGUCGGGUCCCAAUCCGCCUGGGGAGAAGUGAAGAAUUUUUAGGGCUUCGAGGUGCAGCAGGGCAGCAGCUGAAAUCGAUUGCUACUCGAAUUCGCAGGACUUCUUGCCCCUCCUCCUCAGUCGUAGUCGUCAUCAGCAGCAACAUCAUUCUUCGUCGAAGAGCGUCAGCCGCGGAGAGCUUGUGUGUGUGGUACCGAACAGUAGCAGGGGGAGCGAUGGAAAAGAGCGAGUGGCAGAAGAUGCUGGACGGCGAGCUGUACACGGCGGUGAGCCCCAAGCACGUCGAGGAGAGGGCGAAGGGGCGGCGGCUGCAGCAGGCAUUCAACGAGAGCGGCGCGGACGAGCUCGAGGCGAGGAGCCAGAUUCUGAAGCGGUGGUUCGGGUCGUGCUGCGACGACACUCUGGUCGAGCCCCCACUGUACGUCGACUACGGGUUGAACAUCCACGUCGGGAAGAGAUUCUUCGCCAAUUUCGACUGCGUGAUUCUGGACUGCGCGCGGGUGAGUAUCGGCGACAACGUGAAGUUCGGCCCCAAAGUGCAGCUGUACACGGCCUCCCACCCCGUCGAGGCGCACGAGCGCAACAAAGGGCCCGAGCUGGCCUUCUCUAUCUCCAUCGGCAACAACUGCUGGCUCGGUGGCGGCUGCAUCAUCUGCCCCGGCGUGACCAUCGGCGACAACACCACCAUCGGGGCCGGCUCUGUGGUCACCAAGAACAUCCCCUCCAAUGUCGUCGCCGCGGGCAAUCCCGCCCGAGUGAUCAAGCACCUCGCCCUGCCGCCCUCAACCUGAACUCGACUCGACUCGACUCGACUCGAGUGCCUCCGGAGAAAGUUUUGCAGAGGAUCUUUUGAUCGAACAGCUCGUUGCUGGAGCUGGCGAAAAUCUGGCCCGAAAUCCCUGGCGGGAAAGCGCUUCUUCGCAACGAAAGACCCCCGAAAAUAAGCCCUACGUAUGGGGAUCUUCGUUUAGGCAAUUUCGGUCGGCCGUGAAGAUUGGAGGUGGGGCGGAUGCGCGGAGAUUCGAGAAUAGGCUAACCAGCAGGAUCCGGCAGACAGUGAUGUCGAGCUUCAGAGGGGCAUUGGAUUCCCCCGGCCUUGAUGUGCCGACUGACGGACCGACUCUGGGAGUAAUUCGGGAGUAUGGGAUUCGGUUUACGCCAUCUGAUUCAAUGCAAGAGCAUAGAUGUGGGUGACAUUACACGCAAUAGUUGUAGCGAGAAAAGCUGUUUUGGUCCUCGUUGCAGUAAACUCCUGGAGUCCUAACCGCAGCAUGUGUCUCGUUGCCGGGGAAUGUCUGUCUCUAAGCAGGAAACUGCAUGUCACGUUCACAAUUAGCAGAGACCGUAGAAUCAUAAUUUGGUGUUUACGCGGAACAAAAUAGAGCUCCGAAAAUCCAAUGGCCUACGUGGUCUGCGAUUCUCCAGACUUGCGCUGCUGAACUCGCAAAUGGUGACAGCCGAAAGGAUCGAUCAGUGGGCCGUGAAUGGUCGUCGAAUGGCCCCCAGUCGAAAUGCCGAAGCUCGAAAAAUUGGGGUUUCUGGAAUUCGUCAAAAAUUUCAGUAGGCGAAUCUGCAUUAAUCUUGAUUAUCAAGCGUCACUUGCUUAUAAACAAAACAUAAGCUCGAAAAAUUAAUUUGUCUGAUCAUGGGGCCCUGACGCCGACCCCAUUUACCCGUAAAGACGGGCAAACCGUCAGUAU